AUGACUGUUCGUUUUGACCUCCAGACUGAACUCAGUGAGAUGAAAGCCGCCCUUGCCUUCCCUAUUCUUGCUGCAAUACUUCUGUCUGAACCACCAUCCUUGCUCAUCAUACUUCCGAGGGAAAUAGCAGCUGCAAGGUUUCUUACCAUGGCUGUGGCAGGGAUUUUUACGUUUUUUUCGCUGCUUCUGCUAAUGAUAUUUUUUGACACAGCUGCUAGCAAGCAUCAUCAGUCAAACUUGACAAUGACGGAAAGAUUGGAUUCCCUGUUUACAAAGCCACGUUAUGAUCCCAGACUACGGCCUUUCUUUAAUGUAAAGCCAGUGACGAUCACGGUAGGAAUAUGGAUAGUAGCAAUGGAUGCAAUUAAUGUGAUGGAUAUGGAGUACGGGUUAGACAUUUUCCUUCGCCAGAGUUGGACGGACCCGAGGCUUGACCAUGGUCUGCGCGGUACCCUGUCUCUUAGCAACACUAUCGUCUCCCAGAUAUGGUUACCUGACAGUUACUUCAAAAACGCCAAGGACGCAAGCUUCCAUGACGUCACCACACCGAACAUGAUGAUCACCAUUGGCCCAGGUGGUCUGGUAAACUACAAUGCCAGGGUGACUUUAAAAGCUUCUUGUCCAAUGGAUCUACGACUUUAUCCUAUGGAUGUUCAACAUUGCCCUUUGAUCAUUGAAAGCUAUGGUUAUGAUAUAAACAACAUUGCUUACAAGUGGGAGAUGUCCAGUGAUGAUGGCAUGUCGUUUGUACCCAGCGAUAUGAAAAUGCUUCCACAGUUCAAACUCACCAAGCUGCAGUUAUCAACACUAUGUACCUCAUAUGUCGUUGGUAACUGGUCUGGAGUGAAAGCAUUGUUUACGUUACAGCGCUUGUACAGUUUUCAAGUGAUUCAUCUUUACGGCCCCAGUGCACUCAUCGUCACAUUAUCCUGGCUUACCUUCCUCUUACCUCGCUCUCAGUCCCCUGCUCGCGUCACACUGGGAGUGACGUCAGUUCUCACCAUAGUUACCAUUCUGACUAUGUCAAAUAACGCUAUGCCCAAGGUGAACUACGUUAAAGCCAUUGACAAAUACUUGAUUGUGUGUUUCUUGUUUGUGUUCUGUUCGCUGUUGGAAUAUGCAAUUGUUCUUCUUCUUGAUCGAGGAAAACGGAAGUUUGAAAAAGAGAAGAAUGAGUUUAAUGGACACACGACAAAACAAAAUGGUACCACAAAGCAAAGGCAAUCAACUAUGUCACUAGAGGAAAAGAGGCUUCACGAGGAGCUGAUGAACGGAAACACAAACUCGACCAGCCACAAGCAUGAACGCACCCGAAACUACUCAGAUGGAAAUGUUUCCUUGCACGUUUCAAUGUCUGAAACACAGAUAAACUGGGCUGAAAAAAGGCACAGUGUUCGAGAAUUCAUUUAUUGUGAAACUUUCAUAGUUGGUGUAGAUGAGUUAUCACUCAAGCUCUUUUCUGUUGUAUUCACUACAUUCAAUUUGUAUUACUGGUUAACAAUUUUCUACUUUUCCGAUUCUGUUAUCUAGUUCAAGACUGUGCGUCUAAUCGAAACCUCUCCCUUGGCCUGUUUUGAUCCCCGAUCGAGAGUUUGUGAGGAAAACUUGAGAUGGCCGACAAGCAAAAAACCAGGACGAACGAGUCGUUGCUCUUUUUUGGCUUUUCCGUUUUCUUGUUUGUUUGUUUUUUUGUUUUCUACAAUCCGAGAUUUUAAACCAAGCGCUUGGUUCAGCUCUAAAUCAAAUAACAAAUCACUGCAUUUUAAUUGGAGUUGAGCUAAGAUCUACUUUAUGAAAUCGGGUUGUCAAUAGUAGGCGGCUGAUGGACAAAAAUUACCGUCUACACUGGUGACUUUAUUGAGCCAUUCAUGUGAUUCGUUACAAAGAGAUAACAAAAUCAGCUGCCCCCUCUAGCAGCUUCCAGCUAUAAAGCGAUGUCCUUCAUAACUUUAGAAAAUCCUGAAAAACUGCACAGUGGGAAAGAGUGUUGACCGGACUCUGAUACCACAAUUACUUAUAACUGGACUUAAACGAGCUACGUCACGGUUUGCGCAUCUUCAAAAGUUCAGCCAAAAUUUUUCAAGUUUGUCGUUUGUAAUCCGUGUUAA